CACACACACACAUUCACACACACACACAUUCACACACACACACACAUUCACAUGCACACACAAACACGUACAUAUACGCACACACUUCACUUCACACUUCUCUGUUCAACAGAAAGCUUCACACUUCAGCCGAGGAGCUGUUUGAUGGCAGAACCAGAGAGAAACGCUGAAGACCGGACAGAGAAGAGCCUCAAGUCUCCAGAUGAACCUCCCAGUUCUUCCAGUUUGACCACUAAGGAGCUGCAGCAGAACUGGAGGGCAGUGAAGAAGCGAGAACGACCCGUCAGGCUGCUGUUUGAAAUCCCCUCGACUCGUGUCAUCGAACAUGUUUUGUCCAAAUAUGUGGUGUACGAGAUCGUGGUGAUGCGCUCCGGCAGCUUCGAUUCCCACCGCGUGUCCGUGGAGCGCCGUUACAGAGACUUUUUCCGCUUCCACCACAAACUGCUGGAGGAGUUCAACGAGGAGCUGGAGGAGGUGGUGCUCCCCCGAAAACUCUUGACUGGGAAUUUCAGCCCUGACGUGAUCUCGGAGCGACGCCUCGCCCUCCAGGACUACAUGGCGAAACUUUAUGACGCGCGCUGCGUUCGACACUCACCUCAUUUCCCAAAGUUCUUCACCGAGCAAGAGCAGACGCGAGCGCACGGUUUGCUGCGAGCCGGACAGUUCAGGCUUGCCGUGGAGCAGCUGCAGACUGUUCUGGAGGUGCAGGAGAAGCUGUUACCUUGGCAGAACCCCACCCUGAUCGUACCCACCCUGUCUGCCCUCGCGAUCUGCUACCGGGACCUCGAGGAACCAGAACAGGCAUUUUCUGCAGCUCAGAGAGCUCUGCCGCCAACAAGACGCUACGGACUGAAACACUACAGGGCCUCAUUGUUGAACCUGCUGGUGGAUUUAGGUUAUCAGCUGGGACGUCCUGUGGCUCAGUUACAGGAGGAGCUGAUCGUCCUGAGGGACGCAGAGAGGGGGGAGGUGUCCUCCUACUCUCUGAAGGAGUUAGUGGUCCACGAGUUCACCUGAGCCUCUGAGGAGUUAGUGGUCCACGAGUUCACCCGAGUCUCUGAGGAGUUAGUGGUCCACGAGUUCACCCGAGUCUCUGAGGAGUUAGUGGUCCACAAGUUCACUUGAGUCUCUGAGGAGUUAGUGGUCCACGAGUUCAUCUGAGUCUCUGAGGAGUUAGUGGUCCAUGAGUUCACCUGAGUCUCUGAGGAGUUAGUGGUCCACGAGUUCACCUGAGUCUCUGAGGAGUUAGUGGUCCACGAGUUCACCUGAGUCUCUGAAGGAGUUAGUGGUCCACGAGUUCACCCGAGUCUCUGAGGAGUUAGUGGUCCACGAGUUCACCUGAGUCUCUGAAGGAGUUAGUGGUCCACGAGUUCACCCGAGUCUCUGAGGAGUUAGUGGUCCACGAGUUCACCCGAGUCUCUGAGGAGUUAGUGGUCCACGAGUUCACCCUAGUCUCUGAGGAGUUAGUGGUCCACGAGUUCACCCGAGUCUCUGAGGAGUUAGUGGUCCACGAGUUCACCUGGGUCUCUGAAGGAGUUAGUGGUCCACGAGUUUACCUGAGUCUCUGAGGAGUUAGUGGUCCACGAGUUCACCUGAGUCUCUGAGGAGUUAGUGGUCCACGAGUUCACCUGAGUCUCUGAAGGAGUUAGUGGUCCACGAGUUCACCCAAGUCUCUGAGGAGUUAGUGGUCCACGAGUUCACCUGAGUCUCUGAGGAGUUAGUGGUCCACGAGUUCACCUGAGUCUCUGAGGAGUUAGUGGUCCACGAGUUCACCUGAGUCUCUGAAGGAGUUAGUGGUCCACGAGUUCACCCGAGUCUCUGAGGAGUUAGUGGUCCACGAGUUCACCCUAGUCUCUGAGGAGUUAGUGGUCCACGAGUUCACCCUAGUCUCUGAGGAGUUAGUGGUCCACGAGUUCACCUGAGCCUCUGAGGAGUUAGUGGUCCACAAGUUCAUCUGAGUCUCUGAGGAGUUAGUGGUCCACGAGUUCACCCUAGUCUCUGAGGAGUUAGUGGUCCACGAGUUCACCUGAGCCUCUGAGGAGUUAGUGGUCCACAAGUUCAUCUGAGUCUCUGAGGAGUUAGUGGUCCACGAGUUCACCCUAGUCUCUGAGGAGUUAGUGGUCCACGAGUUCACCUGAGUCUCUGAAGGAGUUAGUGGUCCACAAGUUCAUCUGAGUCUCUGAGGAGUUAGUGGUCCACGAGUUCACCUGAGCCUCUGAGGAGUUAGUGGUCCACGAGUUCACUUCCUCUUUGGACCCUCGUAUCAGAAGAAGCUUCCUGUGAAGUGAAUCUUCACCGUCAGCUCUGAUUGACCAACAGACAAACUGUAUUACAUCACAACAAAGAGUGGAAGUUACCCAGCAUGCAUCACUGUGUGUUGACUCGCUUGUAUACUUCCUAAUACUGUGAAUGCAGCAACAUAACUGCAAACAGUAUCCAUAUCUAUAUCUAUCUAUCGAUAGAUAGAUUGUAAAUAUGGAGGUAUAUACAUAUAGUAUAUAUAUAU